AUGAAGAGGCCCAAGCAGCAGACGGGGCCCCUGAGCUUCCUCAACUUCUUCAGCCGAAAGCCCAAAUCGGAGCCAAGGCCAGAGAAGCCUGUGGAAGCGUGGCCCAAAGAGGAGGUGGCCAUCACCCUGACUCCGAGCGAGCAUCCAGAGCAGGUGAGAGCGAGGCUGCCACUACUCUCAGCAACAAAAGGAGAAGGAGGAGGCCCGCCAGCAGCCGCUGAGGUUGGCGAGGAAGGUGGUACUACAGCUGAAGGCGUGGGCGUGGUCAGCAGUGGCUCCACCGGCGUCCUGUCCCUCUCCUCCUCCAGCCAGGAUCAGCUAUUGGAUGAGCACCUGGAGGAGUGCCCACUGUGCCUGCUCAGUCAGCCGCGUUGCCACUUCCCACGACUCACCUCCUGUUCCCACCGGACGUGCUCAGACUGCCUCCGCCAAUACCUGCGCAUUGAGAUAUCAGAGAGCCGGGUGGGCAUCGCAUGCCCACAGUGCCCUGAAACGCUGGCGCCACUAGAUGUUCGUGCCAUCCUGGAUGACCGGGCGCUGCUGGAUAGGUUUGAGGAGUACCAGUUGAGGCGUUUCCUGGCUUCUGACCCAGAUACACGCUGGUGCCCUGCACCUGACUGCAGCUAUGCAGUGAUAGCUUACGGCUGUGCAGAAUGUCCCAAGCUGAGCUGUGGCCGCGAGGGAUGCGACACAGAGUUCUGCUACCACUGUAGGCAGUUGUGGCACCCCAACCAGACGUGUGACCAGGCGAGGCGUCAGCGAGCCCGCCACACCUCAGGCAGUAACGAUGCCUCCACGCUGUACGUCUUCAAUGAAGAACCUGGAGGAGAUGCAGAGGAGAUCAAAGCGUGCCCUCGCUGUGGUGCCUACAUCAUGAAGACCAAUGAUGGCAGCUGUAACCGUAUGAACUGCACUGUGUGUGCCUGUCAGUUCUGCUGGCUGUGUAUGCAGGAGAUCACCGACGUGCACUACCUCAGUCCCUCAGGAUGUACAUUCUGGGGGAAGAAGCCAUGGUCUCAAACCCGCAAGGUUCUGUGGCAGGUGGGCAUGUUGCUCGGAGCACCAGUGGUCAUCUCCCUUAUAGCGGGCAUCGCCAUCCCAGUCAUCAUUGUAGGCAUACCAAUCUACAUGGGCCGAAAGGUCCAUGGUCGCUGUAAGAAAAACAAUAUCUCAGGAAGUAAGCACUACUUGACGGUGGCAAGUGGGGUGAUGAUGUCAGUGUUUGUGUCGCCGGUCAUAGCAGCUGUCACUGUGGGUGUGGGUGUGCCACUUAUGUUGACUUAUGUUUAUGGGGUGGUUCCCAUGUCACUCUGUAGGAACGGUUGGUGUCGACCGCAGGGUGAGCCCCCUGAAUCGCAUAAGAUCCAACUAGAGGACUUAGCUAGCUAUCUUCUAUUCUCUCAUGUAGUCAGUGACCACUGGACGGGUCAGAACAACCCAACGCUCAGUGACACCAGCGUUCAGGAAGUCAGAGUCAGUGUACAGGAAGUAGGCGUCCUGCCUAGUACAAGCACCACGCCCCCAGAGCUAGAUAGCUAUGUGGAGUUGGAUGAAGCCACACAACGCCAUGGAUACACCCAGCACGACAGCCAAUCAGACUGCGAAGUGGUUAUUGUGCCUGACAGCAAGCUCAACGACACAGAAGAACUUACUCUGAGGGAAGGAACCAAUAUUGAGGUUCGUGUGGAAAUUGAGACCCAGCCGAGAGGCGCCCGCCAGUCCAGCCUAAGUAGCAUCCUGUCUAGCCGAAGCUUGUCAGUGGAGUCCCUGGGACACUCGCAGUCCCUGCCCCAAGACUACCUGUGUGCCUCACAAGUGGAAGAAUGGACCUCCCACCAGAUGCCUUCUAGCUCCAGCCUCUAA